GCGGUGAAACUGUGGAGCGGUAGCGAUUUCUUCACACCUGCAACUGCAACCUUUCCCGUUACACAAAAGUGGUAAAAAUGCAGGGGUAAAACAGUGGAGUGAUGAAUGCCGAGCAUUUAUGCCGCUGAGCCCAUGGGAGGGAGCUUCCAUUAACCCUUCCCUCCACCCGCAAUUCGAAACAGGAGCCGACAUCCCCCUCUCCCCCUCUCCCCCUCCCUCCCUCGCUCCCCCGGCUCCAUGCCGAGCAGCUUCGAGCUGUGACUGUGAGGAGUGCCUCGCUCGCAUGGCCAAGCUCGCGCAGUCCUCCUUCGCGCUCGACCUCCUGCGCCGCCUCCUCUGCGCGCACGCCGCCGGCAAUGCCGCGGGCGGGGGCAACGCCAACACCGUCCACGCCGACGCCGCCGCUCUACGGAAGGAGGAGGAGGAGGAGGAGGGGGCGGCGGCGGCGAGGAGCCCCUGCAUUGUGGCCAGGCUGAUGGGCCUCGACGCGAUGCCGACGCCGGCGCGCGACCCGCAGCAGACGCUGCGCCGGAGCCGCUCGGCGAGCUCGGCCGAGGGCUGGUCCUCGCCCACGCCGUGCUGCUUCGGCGGCGACGCGCCGCGGCGCAGGGUGGUCAGGACCACGUCCGCGUCGUUCCGGGACAGGCCCACGUACCUGCGGCGGGAGAACGACGAGUUCCUGCUCCUCAGCUUCAGCCCGGACGACGACGGCAGCGACGACCGCGACGCGGCGGGGUGGCCCAGAAGCGACGACGACGAUGAAACGGCCGUGAGCAGGCGCGGCAAGAGGACGGUCGACGGCGACGGAGACGGAGCCAAGAAACAGAGGCGGGGGCGAAGAAGGCUCCCGCGGCGACGGUGCGGCGACGAGGAGGCGGAGUCGGAGCCUGGCCGGAGCAGGAGGCCGGUCGCGGCGGCGGAGGAAUGCGGCCUGGAGAACUCGAGCCCGGUGUCGGUGCUGGAGGCGCGAGACGGGCAGGAGGAGUCGUCGACGACCACCACCACUUCGUCAUCCUCAGUGGAAGAAUUGGAGCCGUGCUCGCCUAGCUCAGAUGGAGGCGAAACCCGGCCGGCGGCGAGGCAACUGCAGAGAUCAAGGAGGAAGCUACUGCAAGCCAACUCCGACAAUUUCGGUGGCGACCCGCCUCCUGCAGCAGCGAACCCCUCCUGCCGUGUCUCGAAAUGUUCAGACAAGGAGAGGAGGGACAGGAGAGUGGUGAACAACAAGGCAGAGGCCAUCGCCCCGGAUGCGACCGGCAUUUGGCGAAUCAUCUGCAGGAUGGUUGAGCGAGAUAUAUGUGGCAUCAACUGGCAAGCUAGGGGUGGUGGCGACAUUGCAGCGGAGAUGGGGUCAGCGAUCCUUGAUCAGCUCAUAUGGGAGCAAACAGCUGAGCUGAUGCAGCUAAUUGUGGUCUGAAUAACUGUACAUGGUUACCCUUUCUGCUCUUCCAUCUGCAAGAAGCACCCAACAUGUUGCCAAAAUCUUCAGAACACUGAACAAGAUGAAGCUGUCGGCCGCUCCGGAUGCGAAAACUCUCGUUACAGAAGCUGCUGCUGAUGAUGACGAUGCCAACAACAUGAAGUGAAUGUCCAAGCAUUACAGUGGAGAUACAUAUAUGUUCAGAAAUUCUUGAUGCCUGAAGGUCUGAAGAACCUGAACGCUGCUCCUCUCCACACAGCCAUGUGACUAUGAAACUGUACAUGUUUUUCCUCCCUAUUUCAGCUCUAUGUAUGUACCAGCAGCCCCUGAAUAACCUAACAAUAUAUUAUUUAUGAGUUAGCUGA